UCCCUCCUUCUGUAUCUCGAAAAUUGGCAGUUGAAAUAUUCAAAUAUUAUUCUACUCCCAAAUAAACAAAAAAAAAAAAAAAUUUGUAGAAUUAACUAAUUGCGAAUUUGUGAUAAGAUUUGAUUGAUUAUUUUAUAAAAUGGGAGUUCAAGAGAAAGAUCCUUUGGCUCAAUUGAGUUUACCACCGGGAUUUCGGUUUUAUCCUACUGAUGAAGAACUUUUGGUUCAAUAUUUGUGUAGAAAGGUUGCUGGUCAUCAAUUUUCUCUUCAAAUUAUAGCCGAAAUCGAUCUGUAUAAGUUCGAUCCCUGGAUUUUACCUAGUAAGGCGAUGUUUGGAGAAAAAGAAUGGUAUUUCUUUAGUCCAAGAGAUCGGAAAUACCCAAACGGGUCACGGCCCAAUAGAGUAGCGGGUUCCGGGUAUUGGAAGGCUACCGGAACCGAUAAGAUAAUAACUACACAAGGGAGAAAGGUCGGAAUUAAAAAGGCGCUCGUGUUUUAUGUUGGUAAAGCCCCUAAGGGUACCAAGACCAAUUGGAUCAUGCACGAGUAUCGUCUUACCGAGAACACCCGUAAAUCCGGCAGUUCUAAGCUGGACGACUGGGUGUUAUGUCGUAUCUACAAGAAAAAUUCGAGUGCGGCAAAGCCUACAAUAAGCAAGGAAACAAGCACAACAGGUGAAACAUCUUCAUCGUCAUCAUCACAUCUUGAUGACGUACUAGAAUCUUUACCGGAAAUUGAUGACCGUUCAUUCGUUUUGCCACGUAUGAACUCUUUGAAGAAUAAUAACAAUGUUGCCCAACAACACCAGCACCAGCAGCAACAACAACAACAGCAAAAUGACAAGUUUAACCUUCAGCAACUCGGGUCAGGUAGUUUUGAUUGGGCCGUACUUGCCGGGUUAACCGCGGCACCUGAAUUCGCCUUUACCGGGUCAGCCCAAUCUCAAUCGGGGCAGGUAAACAACAUUAGUAAUAAUGGAAAUGAUGUGUUUGUCCCUUCGUUACCACCCUUGUCACAAGUGGAGUCACCCGUGGAGAACAAAAUACGUACCUCCGGGUUAGUCGAUGAGGAGGUCCAAAGUGGAAUUACAUCAAACCAAAGGUUCAGCACGGGGUAUUUCAAUCACAACAUAAACUUGUUUAAUCAAAACCACAACAACAACUCGGUCGAUUUGUUCGGGUUGAGUCAUUCAAGUCAGUUAUCCGGAUUCGGAUACGGAUACAGACAGUAAACUCGACAUUAAAACAUUUUUGUGUAGUGAAACAAUUGGGGACAAAAGAAAUUAGAGGGUUAUUAGUUGUAAAUAUCUCUCAUUCGUUGGGCUAAUUUUUGGGGAGAUAGAAUCAUAGAAGUGAAGGAAAAAGUAAAAGAAUUUUAGUCUAUGAAUAAAUUAUUAUUAUUAUUAUUAUUGUUAUUAUUAUUAUUUUGUUUUAGGGGGUGUAACGGAAAGGUAAAAGGAUGAUGGUUGAGUUUGUCAAUUUUUUUGUCUAGUUUGGUAAAAGGGAAAGAAGGGUAUAAGGUUCAAUGCACAAUGUGAUGGAAUGGAAAAUGUAAUGCCAAAAUUGAGGCGCCGAACUUCUUUAUCUAGUUCGAAUAGUUGCACAUAAGACAUUGAUUUAUUUCGAAUAUGAUAAAGAAAUAUUAUUUUAUUGGCUUA